AUGGUUUCGGUCAUCUCCACACUCGUUGUUGCCUCGACCGCAGUCUUUGUCUCAAUUGCAAGUCCUUGCAACAGUCUGACGUAUCCUCAGGCCGAGGGCGAAUAUUUUAAACCUUCGGACGCAUCGGGCUUAGUCAAUACAACGGUAUUUUGGCGCCGUGGCCCUUGUCCCGCUCUCAACUCGCUUGCCAACUUCGGCUACAUCGAGCGAAAUGGGCAAAACAUAACUAAGACAUCCGUUGAUGAGGCUAUCAAAAAGCACUUUUCGGUGGCUGAUGAAGUCCGUGCUCAGCUGAUUUCAAGAUUGCCUGAUACUUUUGCACUGAAUCUUUUGUCGGCCUCAGGGCACGAUAUCUCACUUUCACGCCCCCCGAGCUAUUCAGGCGUCGACCCAGCCAAAGUCGACAAAAAGCUAGUCGAAAACCUCGUAUCGCGAGCCAAAGAUGGAUUUUUAGAUGCUGAAGCGGUCUGGAGCACGUACAAGGCUCGGAUCACUACUUAUCGAAGCGAUUCCCGUUUCAAUGUCACUGAAGAACAAUUAAAUCAGGGAUCCCGCGAAGGAUCGGUCCUCAUACUGAUUUUGGGUGGAAAUCGCAAUGACCGCAUUUCAAUUGAGUACGCCCGCUCCUUUCUCAUCGACGAGAAAUUUCCAAACGACUGGAAUUCCUCUUAUACUCCGGUGUCAAUUGCGCAAAUUUAUCCAAAAAAAACAAUUCGUCAGCGGAAGAAACUGUUUUUUGUCUUAUUGGUGGGGAUUCCAGUACUUUUCCCACCUCUUCUACACAAAAGCCGAACUAAAAUCCAGGAUAUUUGCUCGUGUACCAAAGCUCAUAACCUAAAGGUCGGGACGCAGCCUUCGGACGCUGUUUCCUGUACGAUUUGA